ACCCACCUACUGCGGUUGCCAUGGUGCGGGGCUUCGUGCUGCUAACGCUCGGCCGCGGACGGACCCGGCUGCUCUACUCGCGGCUGUUCGGGCCCAAGGGACCGCCUGUCGAGCUCCCGGUUCCAGCCUCCAGUCGGGAAGCCGAGCUCGGGGCUCCAGUUUCCGACCAGGCCAGUCAUGGCCUGCAGCGUGAUAGGCUACGGGCGAAGGAACAGCUGAUGGCCGUCGCCAGGCAAGUGUCUUCCUCCUGUAUUUUGGCUCGGCAGGUGGCAGAUAAACCACUCCCUGACUCGGGGGCUGCACUGGGUGAGGAAUCCAUUGGGUUCCAGGAGCCGGAUUUGGGUGUGUUCCGGCUCCCUGCUGGCGAUAUCUUCGCUGAAGAAACAACAGUUGUAUGGAUAGGAGUCCACCUCCUGGGCUUUGCCCUAAUCUGUGAUACCUACGAGAACCUUAUGUUAGCGGAGAACACCCUGCGCCUGUUGGUUAGGUACUUUAAAGAGCAUUUGAGACUGUUCAACCACAGUAAUGACAUUGUGCUGAAGACAGAUCGAAUUGAGGCAAUCCUCAACACAUUUCUACCUCAUGGUCAACUGAUGUUUCUUAACUGUUGCUUUAUUCAGAGUUUGGAGAAGGAGCUCAAUGCUUCCAUGUUGAAGUAAGACUUAAGCAGAAGUCACUUAAGAUGCUCAGCAGCAGCUCAGAGAGAACCAGUGUUCAAAGUUAUGCCUACAUUCAUUCUGAACCUGAAAAAGAUAUAUGGCCCAGGGCAACACAUCUGAUUCCAACCACAUCCUGUUCCAGUUCAAUAAUUGCACAUUCUAACUGCAAUCAUCGUGUCGUGAUAGGGGCCCUAUCUAGAGCACAAAAACAUUCUGGUGUAGUGGUUUUGUCUGAGAGAUGAAGCAGCUGAUGUUUUGCCGUGGAUGCUCAGUGCAACAAUUCAGGCUUCUUGUCUUUUAGUUAAAAUAUUAGGCUGAGGUCGUAUCCACUCCAGGUGAAGGACCCCAAAAUAGCGACUGUCCAUUUCCCUCCACAUGUGCUGCCUGACUGCUGAAUUCCUCCAGCAUCAUCUUUGCUGCUCACAUCUCUCAUAUUCCAUAAGUGUAAAACAUCCCAUGAUAUUUUAAUGAAACAAAGGGGAGGGGGUGACUUUGAUUUUCUCUUAAUUUGAAUUUGAAAUUCUGAUCGUCUGUUCAAAUUGGCUACUGCCCUUCUUGGAGCAAUGAAGACAUCCUUUAUUGGUUGUAAAACUUUGGGACAUUCUGAGGCUGUGACUGGUGCCACAGAAAUGCAAGUCUUCUCUGUUUUGUCAGUGAAAAAUGCAAAAAGAUGUUCAUAUUUUAAUGGCAAAUUUCAUAUUGUAUCUGUGCAGUCAGAUAACAGUAAAAUAAACAACUUUGUUUAUUCAAUUUUGAAAGCUCAUGACUAUAUCAAUGCAAAAUCAAAUAAAGGAAAUGGAAGAAUUAUGGAUUAUUUAAUGGAUGCCUUUUAUAAACAAAACUUUGAUUACACAGUAAGUGGUAGGGCCCUGGAGAGUGUGUGGAACAGAGAGGCCUAGGGGUACAGUUACAUAGUUUCCUGAAACUGAUGACAUGGGUAGACAGAGUGGAGUGGUGAAGAAGGCAGUUAUCAGUCAGGAUAUUGACUACAAGGGUUGGGAUGUCAUAUUGCAUCUGUAUACAGUAUGUCGUAUUGGAAUAUUGUGUGGAGUUCUGUUGUCUGUCUAUAGCAGGGGUUCCCAAACUUUUUUAUGCCAUGGACCAAUAGGAUUAAGCAAAGGGUCCGUGGGCCCCAGGUUAGGAAUCCCUGGUCUA